GGGUGGGUGGCAGCUCCCCGGGGUGGGAUGGUGCCCUGGGUGCUCCAUCACCUGGGGGAGACGGCGUCCCCAAGGGCACAGCCCUCUGCACGUGUCUGGGGCCAGUUGCACUCCAAGGAUGCUGCCUGCCGCAGUGCUAUGGGGACAAAUGUGGCAGAGGGGCCACCAAGGGGCUGUUAGAGAUGCUACAUAUUUUGGGAAUGAUGUUUGAGGCGGUGAAAAACAGGGAGGAAAGGGAAGGUGUGUGAAGGAGCAAGUCCCAGUGGGGUCUGGACUGGGGCUGUGCCAUGUCCCAGGUCACCCUGAAUUUUUGUGGAGUGGGUCUGUGCUGUGUCCCCAGCCAGCCCGCCUGCGUGGGGUGGCUGUGUGCCGUGGGUUGGGGUCAUGCCAGCUCCUGGGGUGGCCGUAUGCCAUGUCCCUGGUCAUCCUGCAUCCAUGGGGUGGCUGUGUGCCGUGGACUGGGGACACACCGUGCUCCUGGGGUGGGACAGUGCCGUGUCCUGGGCCAUCCUGGCCACAUGCCCUGUGCCAGGGCACGCUCAGUUCAUAGCUGGAUCUGUGCUGCCUCACUGGGGGCCAGUCACCCCAUCACCUCCCUGUGCCGGCCACAGCAGGGGACCAAGGUUGCUGCAGGGACGCUGUCAUUUCACGUCCUACUGACCCCGAUCCUGAUGAAAUCCUGUGGCUUUUCUCUGAGGCUUGCCAAGAGUGUUUUUGCUCCGUGGUGAAAUUGGAAGCAAGGCUGGAGGGCGUGAGGAGCAGCAGCCUGGGGGAUCUGUUCCCUGCCUGUCCCUUGGGAAACCCAUGUCAGCUGGAGCCUCUGACCUGUCUGACCCCAUAACCCAUCCAGCCCCAUCCCUAGUUUCUGAGAAAAACCCAUCCCAGAGGGUUUGUACUGGGGGAAGUGUUUAUCCCAGCCCUGCCCCAUUGCGUGCAAGUGAGUAAACACAGCGAGAGCAGCCGGGCUAGGUCAGCCUGAGGUCCGGCCAGCCCUGCCGAAAAUGUGUGGGAAAGAGCUUGGGAACAGAAUUUGUGCAGAGAAGGUCUUCCUCCAGAUCUCUGCCUACCUUGCCAGGAGCAGCCGCUUCUGCCGGGUGAGGGAUGCAGGGGUGAGGGAUGCUGGCAGUCCUGUGUCUCUGGGGAGGGAUGUCUGGGGACAGCUGCCCUGCAGAUGACACGAGGCGACAGAGGGAAAUGGGAAGAUGCCUGCCAAGCUUAUCUUAUUCCUGUUGGCAAAGGCUGUGUCCUUCAAGGAUACCUGGAAGCUGGGCCAGGAGGUGAUGGGGCUGUGGCUCUGCCAGGGGGAUCGGGCUGCCCACAGGUGGGUGGACAACCCUUGUUAGCCAAUGAGCCCACCACUGGGACACCUACCUCCCGGUGAAGGAGCCCCCAGCCUCCUCCUUUACAUUUUUCCUUAAUGAAUCUAAAUAAGGGAAUAAAGAUCAUCCCACCAGCCCAGGGAGGUGGCUCUCUGCAGCCACCCUGCUGCCUGGCCUCUCCUCCGGGUCACCUGCUGCUCUCUCCAACCAAAGUUUGUUUGGGGAAAGCUGUCACCUCCCUGGGGGUCACCAAAAAUACCUCCAAGCCUGUCACCUGCAGGGCCACCCUUUGGGCAGGUUUCUUAAUUAGUCAAAACACUUUAUAAAGCUGAAUCAGAUGUUAAUUAUGCACCUAAGCUCUUUAAGAGCCUCCUAAUCCCACGGGGCUCUGCCAGGAAUGUGCGGCAUUCCUGGCCCCUCGCUGGGGCACCUGGAGGGUUAAUUAAGCAAUUAGAUCCCACUGGUUUUUAUGAGGGGGUUUAUUGGGGCUUGUGUGGGGGUUUACUGGGGCUUGUGUGAGCAUCGUGGGUCAUCUGCCUCCCUCCACCCAAACCAGCCAAUGAAGACAUCUUGAGAUAUGAGAGCUUCCAGCCCUAAAUCUUUAAGUGGCCAGGCCAUGGGGGAGGUGCGGGAGGAGCAUCUCAUGUGGCUUGGUCAAGGGAAGGGGAAGACCAAGCUUUGGCAAGGAGAUGGGGAGGACACACCAAAAGUCUUCGUGUCUCCUGCUCACAGCCUCUGCAGAGGACUCAAGUGCCACCCAAGGCUUGCUCAGGGGCUGAAUCAUCUCAUGCAAAGGAGGUCUUGGCUGGUGAAAGCCAAGCCCACGUGUCCUUUUAAGCCAUGGGGGCAGAUACCUCGCCCCUCCUUGUGGGGUUUGACCAAGGUGCCAGUUCUCACUGGGGGUCCCCACUCUCAGCUGACCCCCAGGAGGCAUCCCCAGGGCCUUCCUCACCCUGACCCCUCCUCGGACCCCUCCCCUCUGCUUUUCUCCAUCUCCAGCAGACUUUUUUUGCUUUGCCCUCAUGGAAACAGAUUGUCUGGGGUUUGUUGUUGAAUGGGAGCAGGUUUUGGAAAUCCCAUGGGGGAUUUUGGUACCCACUAAGGCUGAGUUGUGGUGGCUGUGGUGACAUCUGAGAAUGGGGCACCUGGGCCAGGAGAUGACAAUCUUGUUGGGAAAGUCUUCCUUUUGUGGGAUUGGGAAUGGGUUUAGGUUGAUUUUGUUGCCAUCUUCAGGCAUUUAACAACCAACAGGGGAUCUUGAGAAGAUUCAGUGGGGGUGGGAUGGGGGGAUGAAGAGGAGUGCCAAGAGGUGCUGGAAAAGGGAUGCUGCAGGGCUGGAGUGUGAUGUGGGGGUGAAGGACUGAAUCUGGAGGUGCUGGAGGAGGGAUGCUGUGGGGAUGGGAUGGGGACACAAAGGGUUGCAUCUUGGUCGCUCGGGGGUGUCCCCAUGUCCCUGUCCCCACUGCUCACAGCCACCCCCUUCAGUGGUCCCUGCAUCUCCAGGGCUGGGACCCAGCACGACUGUGCACAGGGAGGCAAAGCAGCUGCCCUCUUUGAAAACUGCUGGGGCUGGGAUUUUUCGGCUAAGCCCAGCACACCUGCACAAACAGCUCGGUGGGGAGCAGGCCUGCUUUUUUUUAUUAUUCUAAUUUUCACGGUGAAUAAGAAGGAAAUCUUCUCUGGCAGCUCCCCGGGGCAGGCCAAGGGGUGGGGGAGGAAAAACAAACAUUUUCUUGCUGUGGUUGUCCCUUUUCAGAGGCGAUAGGGGGGGGCUGCCAGGCCCCCUGACUUGCUGGAGGUGGAGAAGUGCUGGCUCAGCAAAAACGGAUCAGGACUUGGCCAGCCCCAGAUGGGGACAGUUUGGUGCCCUGCUGAGAUAAGGGGACAUUUGCAGGAUGGUGGGGCCGAUCCUGCCAUCUCAUUAACCCCAGCGAUGCCGGCGCUUGCGGUUUGACCCUUUGCUGCCAUGUCUGAGCUGAAAAUCAGGCGUGAGACCCUACAAUAACAACGGGGCCAUCCAGGGCAAGCUCCGUCGUGGGGGGAAAAUAAAACUCCCCGUUGGUAAAGGAGUCGGGUUUCUCUCUGGAGCGUACAAGAAUUUAUUAUAAACAACAGCAGGGAGGAAAAGCUGUUUUAUAAAUGAUGACAAAUGUUCCUCUCGCAAGCGGGACAGGGCCCAGGGGUCUUUCUGCACUGCUUUUUUCAUUAUUAAUUUUUUUUAAGUGGGGGGAAAAAGUCUUUCCAAGCUCUCCCAAUUUCCCCCCUGGCGUACAUGGCCCCCCCUGGGUAUUACAUCAGCAGCGAUGACCAAGCAAGCGGGGCAGGAAAUGAGCUCCAAAGGAGUGACGUGAUCCCUCGAGGGAAGGCAGGCCAAGGAACAAGAAGGCAUUGUUCUUUUUGCCUGUGGAAAAAAAAAAGGGGGGAAAAAAGGGAAAAAGGGGGGAAAAAAAGGAAAUGUGCUGGAAACUGGGUGCAAAGGGUGGAACUGGUGUGGCUGGAGACCCCUGGUCCCUUGAAAGGGGAUAGAGGUCUCCCCGACUUGGUGCCGGACCCCAACUAUGUGCAAGCAUCCACCUAUGUGCAGCGAGCUCACCUGUACUCGCUGCGCUGCGCAGCUGAGGAGAAGUGCCUGGCCAGCACUGCCUACACCGCUGAAGCCACCGACUACGAUGUGCGGGUGCUCCUGCGGUUUCCCCAGCGGGUGAAGAACCAGGGCACAGCCGACUUUCUGCCCAGCCGGCCCCGGCACAGCUGGGAGUGGCACAGCUGCCACCAGCACUACCACAGCAUGGAUGAGUUCAGCCACUAUGACCUGCUGGAUGCCACCACAGGGAGGAAGGUGGCCGAGGGCCACAAAGCCAGCUUCUGCCUGGAGGACACCACCUGCGAUUUUGGCAACCUGAAGCGUUACGCCUGCACAGCCCACACCCAGGGCUUGAGCCCAGGCUGCUACGACACCUACAACGCCGACAUCGAUUGCCAGUGGAUCGAUAUUACGGAUGUGCAGCCAGGGAAUUACGUCUUAAAGGUUCAAGUGAACCCCAAAUACAUUGUCCUGGAGUCGGACUUCACCAACAACGUGGUGAGGUGCAACAUCCAUUACACCGGACGCUAUGUCGCCACGACAAACUGCAAGAUUUCACAAUCUUGAUGGGAGCAGGGCCGGAGGGACGUCACCUGCUCCAGCCUCUGACCCCCUCUUGAAAGUGCCUGAGCUGGCUCCUCUUUCCCACUGGAUACCCCAGAGCCCAUCAGCAGCUCCUCGAGACCCCCCUGCCCCCAAAUCAAAAAACAUUUCUUCACGUUAAAAGGAGGGGAAGCGAGAAUGACUCUGCAAAAUAUAAUUUUAUACUUAACUUUUCUUUAACCUUUGGGGUUUUUUCCAUUUCCUAAGGGAAACUGAUGCUGAGGUUUAGCUGGAAUAAAGGCAGGGGCGGGCCCAUAAAUGGCAGUAUAAAUGAUGUAAAUCGCAUAUUAGCAAUAGAGAGCUCUGUAGUCUUUAACCCCUUUGGCAUUUUUGGGGGGGUGUCUCUGGCAAUGCCGCCUCCCCAGGAGGGGAAGACGACAGCCUGGAGUUGGAGGUGCUGCCCUGGCAGGGAUGCUCAACCCCUCUUCUCGAGGCGGCUGCCAUGCCGGGAUGCUCUGAUUACUUUGGGACCAAAGGUGCUGGAAAUCCCGUCACUGUAACAGGGGCUCGCUCCGUCUGUUUGGCUUUUAAGAAUAGGGAGGGAGUCCUUGAGAUGACUGGAAGUCUUGGUUUAUUAUUAUUGUUAUUAAUAUUAUUAUUAUUAUUUUCACAAGCUUUAAAACCAGAAAUCAU